AUGUUUCUUUUUUUUUUUUUUGUUGCGGUCAAGUGUUUAGCUUGACAUCUUCUCUCCUGCAACCGUUUAUUCAGUCAAUUGCUGAUUUUGAACAUUUCAUGAAACCCUGCCGUGCUCCUUUAAAACCUAAAAGUUGCGAUCAUCCUGUCAAACUGCGUAGUUACGAGCUCCAUUAGCGAUUCUGACUGACCUGUUUAAAACGUCCUGUAACCCUCUCUUCAUCAUUGAUUCCAUACGCAACGCUGGGUCAAUGGAUGCAUCAUGUGUUUAAUCAUACAGGCUUCAAUCGAUUCUCACAGAACACGCUGCGAGUGUUUUUGACAGACAGCGCAUGUUUAGAUGUAGUGCGAGUGCAUGUUUCCAAUACUCAGCUCCAGACGUCUGUUGACUUACCGUACCUCGACUGUGCAUUAAUAAGAUUUAAAUAAAGAUAAAUAAAUGUGAGGUGUAGUUUUCUGUCCUCUGUGUAACACCUUUACUUCAAAAUGUCUCUGUUUCCUGCAGGUGGGACUUUGGACAUAAGUGCUUUCCCAGGAGCAUGGCAUCCACCAUAUUUUCUUUCCUCCACCUUUUCUCCCUCCUCCUCUCCUUCCUUUCACCUCAACCUGUCCUCACCCAGGACUCAUCUGUCAGCACCGUGACAGUAACAGAAGGUGACCUGUUCAUCGCCCCCACGACGCCUGUAAACCAGACGUCUCCGAAUAACAUUGAGCCCACUCAGAACACUCCUCCAGAGACGGGGCUGUCCACUCCUACCAGCGGUGGAGAUGCAGACGACGAGGACGGGCCUCCCAUUGGGGGGACGCGUUGCAUGGGCUACUACGACGUGAUGGGCCAGUGGGACCCGCCGUUCAACUGCAACGCCGGCGUCUUCCUGUACUGCUGCGGCACAUGCUUCUACCGCUUCUGCUGCCAGUUCCGCCAGCAGCGACUGGACCAGAGGAUCUGCUCCAACUACGACACGCCCAUCUGGGCCAACACUGGCAAGCCGGUGGCGACCAUCACCGAGGGCCAGGAGGACGGCGAGCGGGACCGCACACACCUCAUCGUCUACAUCAUCUGCGGCGUGGUGGCUAUCAUGGUGCUGGUGGGCAUCUUCACCAAACUGGGCCUGGAGAAGAGCCGCGGCGGGAGCGGAGGAGGAGGCGCAGCGGGGGCAUCGCAUGCUGACCUCAACUCCAGGACUCUGACGGACCUGCUGAAGCAGCAGGGAGCUGAGUUGAGCACGGUGGAUAAUGCCACGACCAGUUCACCCAACGGGGGGAGAGCCAACGGCGUCUCGACCAGGAUGCCGAGAAGCAGGAGUGAACAGCACCAUCUGAAUAACUCGGCUUACGGGCAGUUUGGACAAGGACUUCCACAUCCUCACAGCAACCACAGCGCUGUGGGACUCAACAAGUACACCUCCCUCAAAGCUGUGGCAAGUAGUGCGUCUAAGAGUUACUACAAGAGCUUCCCGCUCAUGGACUUCUCUCAUUACCAGCCAGUGGCGGUGGCGCCUCCUGCUUUCCAGCCUGUGCCCAUACAACCUAAAGAGAAGUCAUACAUCCACCAGCAUGCGACAGCACACCACGACCUCCAAGCCCCUCUCUCCAUCCAAAUCCCAUCCAGCCACAUGGAGCACUCGCAUCUUCCCAAGACCACCACGCACCCCAUGCUCUCAAGCUCGGCGUUCAGAGCCUGGGAGCCGACUGCCCGACACGUCCACAGGCAGAUUUCGGCCCCUGCGCACCCGUCCUCCUCCACCAUGCACGGCUCCAACCGUAGACAGUUCUACUCGACCAGGAGGCAGCAGAGCAUAGAGAACAUGCCGGACCUCUUUAGACAGCCCUAUGGAGGGAUGUAUAGAGGAGCCGGGGAGGGGGCAAGGCAUGGGCAGCAUGUUCCGGGACAGCACCCUUCUCAACACCCUCCUCAACACCCUCCUCAACACCCAUCUCAGCCCCCCUACUACCACCCCACAAGACAAAAGAGCUACUCCACCCACAGUACGACUGAGGUGACCGUCUGAGUGUGAAGGCUUAAUGCAGUGUCAAAAGAACACUAAUACUAGUCUUUGGGGUUAACUCAGUGCCAGAGUUUGGGACAGUUUUCCCAAAUGAUGAGACAUUCAGAUUAAGUAGAUGAAAAUAGGUGUUUUUUAGAAAGUGGGAACUGUGAUACUCAAGAGAAAAACAGCGUAGAAGAACCACAACUCUUACAGAACAGAUAUUUUGUUAGGAAAUGUAACAAGUUGGCUUGAGACCUCUCUCAGGCUCCAAUAGAUCACACAACCUUCACCACCACAGUUUUGGCAUUUAAGUGUGGUUUUGUGUUUCAACAGGGCUUUUAAGGAAAAGGAACAUGAGAGCAGAAAAAAAAAAAAAUCUUUCUUACUGUGGUGACGGUUAAAAUGUUGGUUUCUUGUCUGAUUUGUCAGGCAUGAACGGUGAGUUUGGGUUGGCCAAGUACUAAAGUGAGGGUAAGGUCAUUUGUACAUGAAGGUUUGGUUGAUAAUAAGAUUCCAUAAUGAGUCUGGAACUGACAAAAAAAACACACUCAGAGCCAAUAUUUUCUGACAUUAUACACACAAUCUGUUCAACCAUGCAGCUCUUGGCAUUUGCUGGAUUUUAUGUAAAUGUAGUAUUAUAACCUUUAAGAUCAAUUUCUUGUAUUUUCUUUCAAGCUGUUAAACUUCAAACACCAAUUACUUGGAUUUGAUGGCACAACAAUCUUUAAGCUUUAUUGGCAACAAGAAGACAUAACCCUUAUAGGAAUAUUUUAACAUUUGGGAUACAGUCUUUCUUACCAAAAGUAAGAAAAGAAGAUUUUUACUACUCUUUUUUUACUUACUUUGCAAUAUAGAGGCUCCUGCCAUCUCACAUUUAGCCUAGCAAUAGCAAAGCAAUAAUUUUCUUUUGCUGAGCUAACCAUUCCUAAGCUAGCUUAGUCUUACAACAGUCACGAAACAAUAUGAAGCAGCAUAUGUGCAGUUCAUCCUGGAGUCUUGUCAUGAUAUAGUUUAAUAAGGAUGAACAAUAAUUAAUCAACUUUAGAGGUGCUUUAUGGAGAUUAGUUUCCUUUUAACAUCCAGGCUUGCUGUUUUCCCCUUGUUUCCAGUCUCUGUAUAAGAUAAGCUAACUAGCUGCUUACAAAUGUACUCUACAGACAAGAGAGUUUUUAUCAAUACUUCUAGCUAUAAUGCAUCUAACUGAAGGAGAUUCAGACAGUUUUGCAUGAUUUCCUCCACAGCAGCAAGCCACCAAGGGCAGAAACACAAAAAAAUCUAUCACAGAGAUUCAUUAGUUGGAUUCGUUUUCUUAUAAAUUUUUGCACACACAAUAAAUUACAUUGAUUGGACUAAAAUUUCCCCUUACCUGCAGCACUUUAGUUGUGUUUGCUCCAAAAACUCUUAAAAAAGUCUGCCAAAAAAUAUCAUAUAUAAGCCAAAUAUCUCUUUUGAAAAAUGUAAUUAUUAUAGUUUAAGGUAUACACAUCAAACUAAGUGUGUGCAUUAAUCCAUCAGUCAGUAAUCUGGCUCCAGAGGAACCUUCUGUACUCGACCAUAUUCAAAUCAGAACUAUUAAACUGCAUCUUUGAAGGCUGAUUAAAUUUACAUCUCUGUGAAAUGGAAAACCUUAUUUGACUGGAUUACAUAAAAUAAUUCCAAAAAUAAUUAGAGCAUUAACAUGUGGAUUGAUUUGAGAAGAUUUAAGGAUUAUUUCAUAUUGACUCAUCACAUACAAUUUGGUUACAGAGUAAUCGCAAAUCAUCUCAUGGGAACACAAUUCAGGUCAUAGCCAGGCCCUGCAGACACUUUUAUAUGCAGGUUUUUUUUUUUACAUUUUUUUGUAGGUUCCCUGUUCUCCUUCUUAAAACACCUCCAUGCACAGAUGUUUUUCUCCUGGUUUCUUUCUACCCAUUUUGGCCUUUCCCACCCUCUCUAUACAAUGCCCUGCUUUUUUGUACCAUCAGGCCACAGCACACAUGGACAGCAUCCCCGAGGUCACAUUAACUCGACAGAGAGGACAAUAGCACCAUCAUGUCAGCUCCCAUCAUCCUCCAUCCUGGCCAGAGAGGGGAAGAGCAGGAAAGAGAGGGACAUAGUAAGAGCCAGGGGCUGGGACUCUUUAGAAAAGAAUAAAAAGGAAGGAGAGAGUAGGGGAAAAAUAGAAAAACAAAAGGUACAUGACUGCAUGUUUUCCUUCCUCGGGGGUAAAGCGAAGGAGUCACUGUGGAUCUGGGUCUCUCACUAUGCAGCUGUCUGGGUCAUAACUUAGAGUGUGUGGAUGUAUGUGGAUGCCUGUGUGUAAUUUCUCUCCCCCAGGCACCAUUGCAGGGGAAUUCGCCGAGGCAUUUCAAGGCCUGGAGGAUUAAACAUUUCUCAUCUUGUCUCUGAUUUGUGCAACAGUAAGUGCAACUGUCCACUGUACUUGUUGGUGAAAGUUAGUGGCUGCUACACCCUCAGGAACCGCACGAUGAAGUGAACUGUUAAUGAUUACACAUGUGUCCAUGAAAGUUCUGUAAUAGCGUUUGUGCUAUGAAGGUAUUUUAUUAUGCUCAACCCUUUAUUUGGUGAAAGUUUUAAGGGCUUUUGUAGCAGCUGGGGCUUCAUCGAGGACGCAUUUCUGUUUUUGCAAAUGACAUCACAUCAAACCACUUGAAUUAACCAAGUCAAAUGUAUGGGGACGUCUUCCCCAACAGAAAGCGAUAAAUCUAAGCACAAGAGUGAUCAAUUAGAAAAGAGUUCCUUUUCUUCUCUUAAAAGAGAGAGUCCAGACAAUGCCUGCAUAAUCAGCAUGAAACAAAAAGGUUUCAACUUUAAUAAUUUGGGGAAAUUAAUUAAUUGUAAUUCUCUAAUAAAUCUCAGCGAAAUAACACGAUUUAAUAAUUGUCCUGUCUGUAGCUCAUGAGAUACAUCGCCCACUCGGGGGAAUCAUUUCAACAGUUUCCCUCCUUUGAAACUUUUAAAACAUUUUAUAAACAAUUAAUUUUCUUCUUUCACUCACGUUUUGCAACCAAAGUUUUAAAAAAGCUGCUCGACUUAAUCCACAAACUGGAUCCACAGACAAGACCAAGACAUUUAGGGAUCGAGGCCGAGUCAAGACAAGGACCAUAAAUAUCACAGAAAAACCAUCAACUUGUGUGCAGGGGGCGCGUCAGGUUGCGGACAUCACCGGGUUGAAAAAUCGGACUACAAAUUAAUUGAUAGAAAGAGGCAUUUUCUAUCUCUAUAUUUUCUAUUUCUAUAGAAAAAUAACCUAUCAGAGGUGGUCUUGACCAGACUUGAUUUAAAAUCCGGAGUCGGCCCAGUCUGAAACCGAGACAAGACCGAGUAAAAAUGCUUUCGAUUCCAAGACGAGACCGAGACCUUCAAAUAGCGGUCUCAAGACCGAUCUUGAUACCAAGACCGAUUUCGAUUACUGCAACACUAACCAAACAGAUCUUUGAUACCAGACAAAUUGAACCUGAACAGAAAAGUUGUGGGCUCCAAACCCCCCCAAAAAAGCUGAAAGAUAAUAAAUUCUCUUAUAGACUUGAAGGGAGUUGGAUGAUAAAUCUUCGAGGGUUUGUCAUGUUAAGUUACCCAGUACACAUCAGACAUUAGAUUAUGUAAACAAACACUUUCUUUUAAAAGAAGUUCAAAUUCUUCCUUUUAUUAAUCCAAAUUAGAUUAUAAAACUAGACGAAUGAUUUAUGUUCUCUUUGUCCCUCUUGCAGCGACAUGUCAACAUGAUAUAUGAGAUUUGAUAAAGAAAUAACUCAGUCCUCCUCCUCCUCUGACUAACUCUACAACUUUGUAA